GAAUGCAAAAGGUUAAGGUAGAACCGAGGGCGCACAAGUACAAAGAGCUGCCCUCCUCCCCCAGGUUUGGAGUCGGGAGUUGGAGUUACGAGAUGACGCCACUCUAUCAAAGUCUCUGACCUCACACCUUGACAAUCUAUCAUUUUGAUGAUCCUUGAUUCUUGACGUCUCACAAACUAAAUAACAAGAAUAAAGAAGUCCUUUACAUACAAAUCCAUUUGAGAAACGACCACAUACAGAUCUUGUCUGAGACAUCCGAUGAUCUAGUCGGGUCAGCACAUAUCAAUAUCAUUUGAUUGAGUACCUUACUUACACACUCUAACGACAUACCUGCUAUUGUGAUGGCAACAAACGACAAUAACGACAACAAUACCGGCUUCUCAUUUGGUGCACAACCCUUUGCCUGGGUUCUCAUUCCACUCUUCGUCAUCUUAGUUCUCGGUCUAACCGCCACCAUCAUCCAAGUGAGACGACGUCGCCGCCGCCGUGGGAACCAAUGGCCCGGCCAGAAUACUGGAGCUCCAGUAUAUACCGGCCUUCGCGGUGGAAGAAGAACGGGAAAUCGCCGAUCGCCAUGGAAUGGUACCAGGUCUGAAGAAGGACUCAAUGAAUUGGGACAGGCACCGCCGCCAUACGAUGGUAAAAAGGAGACGCAGGAUCCUCUGGAACUGCGGGAUCUCGAAGCUGGGAACAGGCCGCCCGAGUAUCCCGCUGAGCCUGCGCCGGCUGUAGUGACGGAUGGUCGAAGAAGUUGAUUGUUGAAUUUUGGCUAUUGGAUGAUGGUUUUUUUUUAUGUAUUCGUUCCUGGACCGUUUCAUACCUACCUUUUUGCCUGGAGUUAGAGAAGGAUGAGCCGGGAGGGUGCUGUAUUUGAGGAAAUGAAUGAUUCAGAGUGAGGUUACGUGUCGAUUGAUAUUGACAUAGCAAUGAACAAUUCUUUGUUUUCGUCUCAUGAGACAAAGUCGAGUUGAGUUUGCCGAUAUCCGUUCCGAUCAAGCAUGACCGAUUAGCGAGACCAUUUUAAGCAUCAAUUGUAGUACAGAAGAA